CUCUCUCUCUCUCUCUCUCUGAGAGCGCUACAGAGAGAGUGGUUAGCUCACACGCUUUGGCUUAAAACUCAAAAUCCUGCAUUUUCUCGGUCUAUUUUCUCGGCAUCCAAACAGAAAAAAAGGGGUCAUAAGGAAAAAAUCUUCCGGAAGAAUUCUUCUUCCUUGGCUUAUGGAUUCCAGAGAAGUUCCACCGCCGCAGCCGCAGCAGCAGCAGCAGCAGCUGCAACCACCCCCCGCCAUGUUAAUGGCCCACAACCCCUUCCACACUAGCAGAAACCCUAACGCUGCCGCCAUGAUCGGCCCUGCUUCCACAUCUCCCGCGAUCCACCACUCCUCCGCUUCCGGCGCCGGAGUCCGCCUGCCCUUCGGCUCCCUCCAGCACUCUCACCAGCACCAGUCUCAGCCUCCUCCUCCGCCGCCGCCGCAGAUGGAGCAGAAGGUGCUCGAUUCCCUCGGAUUCGACGGAUCGCCUUCCUCCGCCGCCGCCCAACACUCGAUGCGCUUCGGAAUCGAACAGCAGACGAAGAAGAAGCGAGGCCGCCCGAGGAAGUACGCUCCCGAUGGCAACAUUGCCCUCGGUUUGGCUCCCACUUCCCCUCUCCCUUCUGCUUCCAAUUCUUACGGGGGCCCCCGUGAUGGCGGCGGAUCCAACGCCAACUCCGCCGAUACACCUGCUAAACGCAACAGGGGACGUCCUCCUGGCUCCGGCAAGAAGCAGCUCGACGCAUUAGGAGGAACAGGAGGGGUAGGGUUUACACCUCAUGUAAUUGAGGUCAAGACAGGGGAGGACAUAGCAUCAAAGGUUAUGGCUUUCUCACAGCAAGGACCUCGUGCAAUCUGUAUUCUCUCUGCAACUGGAGCUGUCUGUAGUGUGACUCUUCGCCAGGCUACCAAUUCUAAUGGUGUCGUUACAUAUGAGGGUAGAUUCGAGAUCAUAUCACUGUCAGGAUCAUUCUUGAAUUCAGAAAGCAAUGGAACUGUCAACAGAACCGGUAGCUUGAGUGUAUCAUUAGCUGGCCCUGAUGGCCGGAUUUUGGGAGGCGGUGUAGCCGGAAUGCUAGUAGCCGGAUCAAAAGUUCAGGUGAUUGUUGGGAGCUUUGUACCAGAUGGAAGGAAACAGAAACAAAGUGGAAAUGCCCGAGGAUCGAAUCCCGAACCAGCCUCUGCACCAUCAGGCAACACAUUGAACUUUGGGGGAGGAACUGCGAGUGGAAUGCAGAGGAGCCCGAGAUCGCAGGGGCAAUCGAGCGGGUCGUCGGAGGAGAAUGACAGCGGAUCAUCUCCGAUGCGCAGAAGCAGCAUCAAUCACGGGGGGAUGUACGGUGGUAACUCAGCCGCUGCCCAACAAUCUCUUCCCCACCCUAUGCACAUGUACCAUCUAUGGGGCCACAAUCCUCAAUAAAACCCUUUCCCCCAAACCAAAAAAAAAAGGUAUCCGCUCGUUCGGAAAUUUGUGAGAGGUUUGCUUCCUAUGUUCCUAACACGCUUCUAAACUCUUUUUUGGUAUUUUUUUAGCUUUAAUUUUAGAUGAAUAGAGAGAUGUUAGUAUGAAUCAGUUGGCUUUAGGCUUAGCUUUUGUUUUGUUUUUUUGGGUUCAUUUAUGUUUUCUGUGUUUGUUUCAUGUGGACUCCUCCUUACUAUAAGCCAUAACGAGUAUCCUGUUUUGCCCGUUUGGUUAU